UUGUGGUUACUAAAAUUUAAAAUAAGUUCGUUAUUUUUAAGGGGUUGAAAAGUUUUUGCUUUAUAUAGUGCAUAUGAAUGUAUGUGUUUCUAUAGCAACAGCGAAUAUAUAUGGAUUUUCAUUGCGAUAAAAAAGUAUAAAAUAGUUUGUUCAAUUCUAUAAAAUAAUAUGGAUGAAUUAUCAGACUAUACUUCGCCGGUUGUAGAAUUUAAAGCUUCACAUAGCACAGAUAGGCAAUUCAAACUAAUCGAUAGCAGUACAGCUACAGAUCCAUUGCCACCAAAAAUUGAUGCGUCCGUAGAAACUCAAACAAAAUGUUCACAAGAAACGCAAACAGAAACGUACCAAGCAUUAGCUAAAAGUGUAGAUGAAAGAAAAUUAGCUAAUUGGUUACAAAAAAUCUAUCCAAAUGUUGAGAAGGAAUUGCUUAAGGGUUGUACACCCGCACUGGAAUCCCAAACAAAUGAUUUAUCCUCACAUGACAUAGAAAUACAACCAUACCAAAAAAUCUCAUUGCCAACACUGCAAAAUUCUCAAGGCCUUGCUAUUUGGUUGUCAGUAUAUACUAACAAUGCCCCUGUCCUGGUUGUCACAACAGUUGCACCUCAUGAUGACUGGUGUGAACAUGUUGAUCAAUAUUUAAAGCUUUUUGUACCUAAACGAGUUCCAAACGCUAACUUUGUGACGUACAAUGAAGUUAAAAGUAUCCCGAUUAAAUCCUGUCUAAAAAGUUUGUGUACAAAUCCCUUCAAUAAAAAUAUUUUUGCCGGUUCCUCUUUCGACGGUGACAUUUAUAUCUGGCGAUAUGAGCAACAUUAUCAAAAUCACCCCAACAAUAGAAAUAAUAUUGAUAUCAAUGAAAUGUACCAUACGACUUUACUCUAUGGUUUCGCAGUAGCAUUAGACUGGAUCAGCGAAAAUACCUUAUUAACAGCUCAUUCAAAUGGAUAUGUUGUACAGUGGCAUCUUGGUAAAGAAAUAAUUAAGGAGGCAGAAUAUUUAGUCAAGGCACCUGCAAAUGCGUCGACCGAAAUAUGUACAUUACUUGCUCUAAGUUUAAAUAAUUUUGUGGUUGGGACCAAAGAUGGUUCCGUGUUCUAUUGUACGUGUUCGAGUUUGUCCACUAUAAAACGUCAUUUGGAAAUUGUGUCUCUAAAAAAGCAUUUAUUUAUGACAUCAACACUUUUAAAAUCCCACAUUAAUGGACAUAUAAUUGUGAUAAGUUGUGACUUAAGUGGUCAAGUUUAUUUUCACGAUUUACGGAAUGUGAAAGAUGAUACUGAAACAACAGUUACACAAAUACCUUUACCAUUUACAAGUACCAUAGCUUGUUCACGCGACGGAAGUUUCAUUUAUUCUCCUGGCGAAGAUGGUUCUCUGGAGUGUUAUAGUUUAUUUAAUGGUUUACAAAAUACUGUGAAGGGAGCAUUAAAAGGCAAAGGCAAUUUUAUCAAGUCAAGUGACAAUGGAUGUUGGCUAAUAACUGGACUAUACGAAAAUGAGUUUCAAAUAUUUUCAGUAGAAAACUGAAGUUUUACAGGUUUUUGUCAGAAUUAAUUACAAAAACAAGAAAACAUAUUGAUAAUUUGAGUACGGAAACGAUUUAGUUUUGUAGUUGAAGUUUUAAAAAUAUAAACUCUAACCAUUGAAAAUCUUUUGAUUAAAAAAUAAUUAUGAUUACAAUUUUUCAUUUUAAAUCC